AUGUCUCAAAUAUCAUAGCCAUAAUAAAAUCAAAAAGAAUAGUACGACUUCAUGGUGAAAGUAGUUUUAGUAGGUGAUGAAGGAGUAGGUAAAACAUAAAUAUCGAGGAGAAUAGCAGGUUUAUAAUAUAACGAAAAGCAUACUCCAACUAUUGGAGUAGAUUUCAAAGUUAAAACUAUGUAAGUAGGCAAUAACAUUAUGAAAUUUUAAGUAUGGGAUACUGCUGGCAUACCUAAAUAUCGUGUAUCAAAUAAAGCUUAAUACUCAGGAGCCGCUGCUGUUAUAGUUAUAUUUAGCUUUAAUGAUCUAUAAAGCUUUGAGAGUGUUGAGAAAUGGAUAUAAGAAAUAAAUUUUGAAAAUUAGGAUAGCUAAAUAGUAAGAGUUUUAGUUGGAAAUAAAUGUGAUUUUUAAAAGGAAGGAAGAUAUGCCACUCCUAUGGCUGCUGAAUAAUUAGCAAAGAGAAAUAAUAUGGAAUAUAUUGAAGUAUCUGCUAAAGAAAACCAUAACGUUAGAGAGCUUUUCUAAUUAGUAGGUUAACAAAUAUAUAAAGAAUUAAUUGAUCCUUAAUGA